GUUGCUGUGACCGGAGGAAUACUCGUUACCAACACCAUGACCAGAAACACGCUGUGUCUGCUUCUGCUUCUGACAGUGUUCGGGGAGAGUUGGUGUCAACCAGCUUUUUUGUGCUACUCGUGUAACAGUGGAUGGGGCGCAUGCGCAGACAGUGGUCUUGUGAAUCCUUCCUGGGUCGGCACUGAGCCUUGUCCUCUGUCGCAGCGAUGCUUUGUCAGGAGAGACCUAGAUGGAUUCACAUACCGCGGCUGCGCAGAUGGAUUUCCGGGUCUGGCCAGUGCCUCAUUGGACGAGAACGGAUGUGUUAGCGGCCCUUUCCAGUACACAGUAGACGAGUGGUGUAUGUGUAACACAACUCUGUGUAAUGCUGGAGGGUUUGACGACAUGAAGGCGCCGUCAGUGUAG